CGGCUAUAUAAUCAGAUAGCGAAGUCACUGGCGCGAGAGUACGACUAAGCACAGACACACUGGCGGCAGUACUACCUCAAUUUUUUUUCUUUGGUUGCCGGUUUCAUUCAUAAUAAUUUUUGUUGAACGUGAAGGUGAUUUGGGUCGGUGCAAAAAAAGUGGUUCACUUGUAUAUUGAAUUUUAUUGGUUUUGAAUUUAGUUGACACAUUUUUUUGGGACGUUUUGAAUAAAGAUUCAAAAUGCCGGCUACAAGAAAUUGCCUGGUGCACGCUUUUAUAGUUGGAUUUUGUAUAAUUGCCAAAGCUUCAGCGUGCCAAAGACAAAUUUUAAGAUCCAAUGGGGUUACGGAACAAGAAAAACAAAUCAUCAUAAAUGAUCACAAUAAAAUGAGACAGAGCGUGGCUUUGGGACAAAUUGGUGGACAGCCACCUGCAUCAAAUAUGAUGGAAAUGAAAUGGGAUGACGAGCUGGCAAAUAGGGCGCAAUGGUGGGCAGCAUCGUGUCAUUCGGAACGACAUGACGAGGGUCGACACAACUCCCGGUUUCCGGUCGGUCAAAACAUAGCGACGACGUGGACAACGAAGCCACCGUCCACUUACGAGGACAUCGAUUCAGAUUUUCCGUACGCGAUUCGUAAAUGGUUCGACGAAUACAAACUGUUCAGUUUCGGAGGAAUCGGACGAGGAAGGACCGGUCAUUACACACAGAUGUUAUGGGCAGAGACCAACUUGAUCGGUUGCGGCUUUGCUUUCUAUUACGACCCGUCCAAGGGCUACACGAAAAACUACGUGUGUAACUACGGCCCCAGUGGCAACGUUCUGGGUCAGACGCCUUAUGAAAAGGGUUAUCCAAGCUGUAAUCAAUAUGGGCUGACUGAAUCCAGCCAGUAUUCAGGCCUCUGUUCUAAGCCCAGCAACUACUAUUUUGGAAUUUCAAAUUUCAUUGUGGACAGAUUCUCGCAUAGGAUCAACAUAAAUUAUCAGCACUAGUGAAUGUUUAACUAUUUAAAAUGUACCUAGGCGUCUAAUGUGUUUUAUGUGUUGUUGUUUUUUUUUAGACUGGAUUUAAUUUAUUAUUUGUUUAUUCGCCAGAAAUCAUUCGAAUAAAAAGUGAAUGCGCUUAUUGUAAAUAUAUGAUUAACAUUCGUAGAAUGUAUAUUUGAAAAUUGCUAUUAUUUUGUAAUUGAAUUAGUAUUAUAGAUUUAAGUUUUAGGUGUUAAUAAAAUUAUAUAUUUUUUUGAAAUAAAUUAUAUUUUUUUACUAUG